AUGUCCAGAAACGAAAGAACUUUUAUUAUGGUCAAGCCCGACGGGGUUGCUCGUAGCCUGACCGGUGAAGUCAUCAAGCGUUUCGAGAAUAAGGGCUAUAAGCUUGUUGCCAUCAAAAUGUUGCAUGCACAAAGAAGUGUUUUAGAGAAACACUACGCUCACUUGGCAGAUCUCCCCAACAAGAACAUUUUCCCAGAAGUCGUUAGUCAUAUGACCUCUGGCCCAGUCGUUGCUAUGGUCUGGGAAGGGAGAGGUGUUAUUGAAGGUGGUCGCCAAAUUCUCGGUGCCACUCGCCCAUGGCAAGCUGCUCCUGGAACUAUCCGUGCUGAUUAUGCUACUGAUGUCGGUCGUAAUAUUUGUCACGGAUCCGAUACCGUAGAGAAUGCGAACGCGGAGAUAGGACUAUGGUUUAACAAUGAAAUUGUCGAAUGGAACAGAGGCAAAGUCGAAGAUGCCAUCUAUGAAUAG